AUGAACGAACGAACGGCCGCCCAGCUCGCGAGAGAGGUAGCAGAAAUUACAAAGGAGAUAUCACCAAUGACGAAGCCAAAAGGCACUAGAAAGUAUUUGCUCGCUGCGAAGAUCAAGACGCUUAUCUGCCACUUCAAGCGGACGUGUUCCACCGUCAAUGCCACGGGUUUUCACCACCUCCCAGCGGAUAUCAUCAUCAAUAUCCUCUUCGAGAUCGACGACGUCGAAGACCUUCACAGCUUCGUCCUCACCUCCCCCUUCAUCAACGGUCUCUUCCUCCGCCACAAGCCCACUCUCCUCACCCGCCAUGCCCGCGCCAUCCUCACCGACGCCUGGGACGAAGGCACCGAAGUCCUCACCUGGCAGCGACACACCACUGCGAACUUCACAGCCACCCAUGACGUCCUCCGUGAUCUCCGCUCACCCUUCGUCCUGCAGGAUCACGAUCUCCGCCAACUCAUCAUCAACCGCGCAUGGUUCGAAAACUGCCGCGCCAUCUACCUCAUAACACUGGAGCGGUCGGGAGACGAAACGCUACCAACGUUCCGCGAAUCCCGCGUCGUGCAGUACUUCUUUGGCAGGACGAGAACAGAGCUAUUCCCGCACAGGUUGUUCUACAUCACUUGGCUUCUGCAGCUGCGGUUCCAGAAUGAGCGGUUGGAGGCCUUUGCGAGCCGCCCUCAGCCAGAUGCGAGGGAGGUGGCCGACUGCUUCCUGAUGGGAAGGAUCAUGUUCUGCGCGAGCCCGGGGCUGGCCGGCUUUGUGAAUAUGCCGACGGCGAGAGAAUCGUGGGGACAGAUGCUGCGGCGGAACUUGAUCACGACGUGGGUUGUGCCGCCGCCGACGCCGACGCCGGGUGUGGCCGGAGGGUUCACGAUGCAUGUGGACUCGCAGCUGUUUGUGAAGCAGAAGGUGAUGUGGCAUUUAGUUGCGAGGGUGGCGAGGGAGGUGGGGACUUUUGGCGAGGCUCAGAGGGAUGGGUUGUCGGAGAUUUUGGAGGAUUUUACUAACGAUUUUGGUGUCUUGGGGUUGGAGGCGUUGAUGCUGAAGUAUAGGAUUCCGAGCAGCGUGUGGAUGCUCUAG